AUGGCGACGAUUUUCCAGAGCUUCCGAAGCUCGACCUUGUCGAAGCGCCUGCUCAUCUAUGCCUUGCGGCGCCUAGAGCUCCUGGAUGAGGAGACGCUGGACAUGGAGAACCUGCAGUUCGCGCUCGGCAGGACAACAACCGCUGAGUUCAAGGACGUUGGAGUGCGCCUCAAGAAACUCGAGCAACUGCUGCAGCUCCCUGUCGAGUUCCGAAUCCAAAAAGCAAAAGUGCUAAAGCUUAACGUCACCAUCCCCGUCGACUUUUACACGAGCCCUAUAAUCAUCGAGAUCGACGGUGUCGACGUGCGGUUGAAGGUGUCCACCGCCGGCGAAGACAACAAGGCGGCGGCGGCGACGACGCCGAGCGAAGACUCCACGGCAGUCCCCAACUCUGUCAACCUCGCCGAGUCGUUCCUGAAUGACGAUACUGCUUUGAAAGAUGUCAAACUGGCCGAGGAGAAGAGGAGGCUGGAGGAUGCUUUGGCCGCCGAAACACAGGACCUUGGCGGCUCGACCAUGAGUGAGAGCUCCAUGAGCGACGAUGGCAGUCAGUUCGGUACAGGUCAGGCACUAUCCCUCCCCGGCUUUCUAGCCGGCUUCCUUCAAGGCAUCGUCGACCGCAUCCAGGUUCGCAUCCGAGGCGUCACCUUCCAGUUGGAUGUUGAGGUCCCCGUCGAGCCAGAUUCGACAACACCGGAGCUCGUUACUUUUCAGCUCGCUCUUGACCGCAUAGAUGUAGAGGGCGUCACUGCAGAGGCGCACAACGACGAGGGUGCGCCCACAAUAGUCCCCAAGGACGGGAAGCGCCACAUCGCCUUGUCCAAGAUCCGAGCCUACCUGAUCUCGGAAGCAAACGUCUUUUCGCAGUUUGCGCGCUCUCCCUCGGUUUCUUCACCCGCCGUCUCACAGUCUCCAUCGUUCAGCGAGCGCGCUUCCGCGUCGAGGCACAGCGCCUUUCGGCCGACUAUGCAAGACAGCUAUCUCACAGACUCGGCGGAUCUCUCCGAGGUUGACGAUGCGCUUCUGCAGGACAGCGAGGAUGCGUUCAACAUUCCGUAUGACUUCUCGAGCCAGCCAGAGGAGCCAGUAGAGGAGGAAGAAACGAAUACACCUAGAGCAUCGAUAUACCAGGACUUCUUUCCUCGAGCACAUGUUCCCAUCUCCCAGUCGACCGUCUUGGGGAACGAAGAUCGUGCUUCUCCCUGGGCCAGCUUCCAGAGGGAAGCGAGAUCAGAGCCUUCGCUCCAGCCCAUCGAGGGCGUCCGGCCAGCCGACCUGCUCGACUUUGGAACACCUGAAGCAUCACAUCACUCUAUCGCCGCAAGUCAACAUUCGAGCCCUGAAGGAGGCGAGGAUCUGGCACAGUCCCACCUGUUUACCCACGAGGAGGCCGAGAGCAUGUACAUGAGCGCCUUUUCCCAGGCCGAACCUCAACCCGCCGGAUCCAGAAUGCCAGGGGGAUGGGAUGCCGAUUCGAGCCCAGGAACUUCACCCAAAGCAGAGAUAGCGAGCCUAGUACCGCGCCAACCGUCGCCACCGGCCUUCGAAGCAGCCGUGAGCAUGCUCGAUUCAGGGAACCAUCAGUACUCGGACGCGCCAGUCCCUUCUCCACCAAAUGCACCGUCGUCGAUAGUCGAGUCGGACUCAAAGUUUGAAGACGCGAGAGAACCGAAAGUGUCUCCGACAAUGGUCCCCGAAAGCGACGACGUCACAGAAACGCCUGUGCAGGCAGACGAUGUGGCAACUCCAAGGGGACCGACCAGACUAGUAAAGGAACUCGUAUCUCUCCAGAACAUAUCACUGUACAUUCCCUCGCUCCACCAACACAUGCAUGUGCCAGCCGACUCUCAAGCUUCGAUUUUGAUCCAGAACCAGGCGUCGCUUGGUCUCGCUAGAUCAGUCGCGCCACAAGUCCCGGGGGCCUUCUCGGUGUACUCUACAUCAGGACUGAAGUCGAGCUUUCUGUUGGAUGCACUAAAGAGCAAAGGUUCCACUACCCCUGCUUCCAAGACGACCGAAACCGUAAAGCCACAACAGGCAUCCACAGUACCUGACAUCAAAGUGGCUUUUGAAAAGAUCUCACUCCAUUUCCUGCACCAACUUGGCGGCGUUGCCGACACGGCGGAAAGAAUCCUGGGCUCCCCAGGUUUGCAGAUGCAGCCAGAGAUCCUUCUCCGCACUGAUCUCGACAACCUCAGCAUAACCCUCAAGAAUUCCAAGAAGGCGCUGGAGACGACCAUGGAUCUUGAGAAAUUCCGCUUCGGCUACGCAAGAGAUGAUAUCAUCUCAUUUGACCAAAGCCUUCAGAUGCGGGCCUCCGUCAUGGACAAGUUCCCAUCAGUUGGCUCAGAUGUAUCUGUCAAGGUGAUAAAAUCAUCUGACUCGAUCCGGACAGAAGUCACGACCUUGCCACUGCUGGUCCAACUCGACCUACAAAGAUUGGACGAGACUUUUAGCUGGUUCGGAGGCCUGAGCAGUUUUCUUAACAUGAGCUCCUCCAUGUCAUCGAACGCGUCCCCGUCCGCCAAGCCGCCGGCGCCAGCGCCCCCAAAGCCCCGUGGAGUUCGCUUCGACGCUCCGAUCAAUCCCGACGACAAGUCAGCGUCGGCCGAAAACAAGAUUGACAUGCGGAUAGGAGGGUUUAAUCUCGAACUGAAGGGCAAGGAGUGCAGUAUUGGUUUGGAGACAAGUGCUGUCAAAAUGGUGAGCCGAGAGCUGGGCAUCGGGUUUGCAAUCAGCAAGGUUCGACUUGCCGGACCCUACGUGAGAUACUCUCGAAGCGACCCGCCCAUAUCGGCGGACAUUGGAGGUGUACGUUUCGAGUAUCUAGCGACGCCCAAGGACAAGGAUCUCGAGAGGCUUCUGGAGCUCAUCAUCCCGUCCAAAGUCAAGUUCGAUCAGGGCGACGAUGAGAUCAUGGUGGACACUCUCCUUCGGCAACGACGCAAGGGUGGCGUCCUGCGAGUCACUUUCGACCAGCUCAACGUCAGGGUUGACCAGAUGCAUCAGCUAAACUGCCUGCCCGCCCUGGGCGAGGAGGUUGCACGACUGGCAACCGUUGCCAAGUAUCUCCCUGAAGACGAUCGUCCUGGCAUUCUGCUCUUGGCCGAGGUCAAGGAGCUGGGCGCGGUUCUUGAUUCCGGCGGAAGACUUGGUGUUUUCAACACGAACCUCAAGAACUUUGAAGUUGCUCAGAUCACGGUGCCCUCGUUGGUGGCAUUCGGCGUCCAUGCCAUCUCCGUGAAUCGCAACCACCGAGAGGACCUUGUGAGUUCGUCGACGACGUUGCCGCCCGGAACGCUCACCCAAGGCCCCGUGCUCAUGGUCCGCAUGAUUGGGGAUGAAAUGGAGCCUGUCAUCAAGAUAAAGAUGCGCGAUGUGACGAUCGACUACCGUGUGCCAACGAUCAUGGACGUGCUGGGGCUCGCGGAGGAUGCCACGCCACAAGACUUCGAAGCCAGCCUUGCCGCUUCUGUGGCCAAUCUCGGCGAGCAAGCACAUACUGUCCUAGCUGGGAAGAUGCCUCAGACCACCAAACUACCGCCAGAUCCUGCUCGACCCAACAGUAAGCCAAUGACGGUCGACUUGGUUCUUCGCGAUUGCCUGGUCGGUGUGAACCCCCUUGGUCUCCCCUCGAAACUUCUCAUCGCCUUGACUGAUGCUCGGCUUCAAGUGGUGCUGCCAAAAGAUGUGGACACCACGGCAAAACUGGACCUGAACAAGGCCUCCAUUCUGCUCAUUGACGAUGUGGCUAAUAUAGGUGCGAGCCCUACUGUGAACCGCCGGCAGUCGGCAGACAUGUCGUCCCAGCAGGUCUCGCGACUUGUCGCUCAAGGCUUCGUGAGCAUCUGCUAUAUAUCCUCGGCAAAAGCAGUCGUAAAGGUGUCGGAAAGCCCAGAGGAAGGUGAAAAGCAUGUCGAUAUCGAACUCCGUGAUGAUCUGCUUGUACUGGAGACGUGCGCCGACUCGACGCAGACCCUCAUCACCCUGGCCAAUGCGUUGACGCCGCCCACUCCGCCCAGCAAGGAGAACAAGUACCGAACCUCAGUCGUUCCAGUGCAGGACCUCUUGGCUUCGAUUUCGGCGGAGGCGUUCGGCAGGGCAGAAGGCGACUACGACUUUGACAAGGACUUCGAGCUCGCGCAAGAGCUGGGCGGCAGUGAUGAAUACGAUGUGGCGAGCGACGCCAGCCCUCUCCAAAUCGACUCGCGCUACUAUGAGGAUGCCGGCCCGUCGGAGCCACUCUUUGACGCGGAGGGCUCCAUAACGUCAAAUGCCACGACGACCCAAGAUACACACGACGGCGUACUGCUGACCAGCUUCAACGCUAGUGCAUCCCACCAUUCGGAUGACGGUAGCGACCUGGUAAUCCACGAGAACUUCUUCGAUAAGGGACCAGAGACCGACGGUAGAGCCCAGGUCUGGAACUCAUCCAAGAACAGCUAUGACAAGGCACCCAAGGAACUUGUCGGGCGCAGCCCACUUCGAGUCUCAAUCCGUGACGUGCACGUAAUCUGGAACCUGUUUGACGGAUACGACUGGGAACGUACGCGCGAUGUUAUCUCAAAGGCCGUGCAGGAUGUCGAGAAUAAGGCCUUUGAGCGCCGCCGGCGAUCGGACCGCGCUGUGUUUGAAGACGACGCUGAGGAAGACGAGACUGUCAUUGGGGACUUCCUCUUCAACUCCAUCUACAUUGGUAUCUCGACCAAGCAGGAUCCCCGAGAGCUUGCGCAAAUGGUCAACCAGGAGUUGAACGACAAUGCCACCGAGACGGAGUCUCUCGCAACCACCGCUUUCACCACAACGACGAGUCGCGCGGGAGGCGCCAGGCCCAAGAAGAGGCUGAGACUGAACCGAAGCAAGCAUCACAAGAUCACAUUCGAGCUGCAGGGAGUCAACGUGGAUCUGAUCGCCUUCCCUCCCAACUCUGGUGAGACGCAAAGUUCUAUCGAUGUGCGAAUCCAAAACCUCGACGUCUUUGACCACGUCCCCACCUCGACCUGGAAGAAGUUUGCCACGUACGACCAAGAUGCUGGUGAGCGAGAGAUGGGUACCAGCAUGGCCCACUUGGAACUGCUGAACGUGAAGCCCCAGCCGGACCUUGCGGCCUCGGAAAUGGUACUGCGGGUCACCGUGUUGCCGCUGCGACUCCACGUCGACCAAGACGCCCUCGACUUCAUCACCAGAUUCUUCGAGUUCAAGGACGACAGCGCUCCUGUUCAUAGUUCGAGCAGCGACGUGCCGUUUCUUCAGCGUGUCGAGGUCCACGACAUUCCCGUCAAGCUGGAUUUCAAACCCAAGCGAGUCGACUAUGCAGGGCUCAAGUCGGGCCGCACCACGGAGUUUAUGAACUUCAUCAUUCUGGACGAAGCACGUCUGACUCUGCGGCACACCAUCAUCUACGGAGUCUCAGGCUUUGACAGGAUGGGCAAGAUCCUCAACGAUAUAUGGAUGCCGGACGUAAAGGGCACACAACUGGCCGGGGUGCUCGCUGGCCUCGCGCCGGUCCGCGGCAUCGUCAAUAUUGGCAGCGGUUUCAAGGAACUCAUCGAGGUGCCCAUCAAGGAAUACAAGAAGGACGGCCGCAUCGUCCGCAGCAUCGGCAAGGGUGCAGCGGCGUUCGCUCGCACCACGGGCACGGAGAUGGUCAAGUUUGGAGCCAAGCUAGCCAUCGGGACGCAGUACGCGCUUCAGGGUGCCGAGGGUCUCCUGAACAAACCGCAGGCCGACAACACGUGGGAGGAUGCGGGUCUCGACCCAGAGGAGAAGAAGCAGAUCUCUCUGUACGCGGAUCAGCCGACUGGCGUGAUCCAAGGGCUGCGUGGAGGCUACUCGAGCCUGACAAGAGACCUCAACAUGGCCCGCGAUGCCAUCAUUGCGGUGCCGGGCGAAGUCAUGGACAGCCAGAGUGCGCAGGGUCUCGCCAAAGCAGUGUGGAAGCGGGCGCCCACCAUCAUCUUCCGGCCGGCCAUCGGGGCCACCAAGGUGAUCGGACAGACAUUGAUGGGCGCAACAAACAGCCUGGAUCCGCAGAACAGGCGCAGAGCCGAAGAGAAAUACAAGCGACACUAG